GUUCUAAUAAAUUUCCAAAAAUUAUAAGUACAUAUUCAGAUUUUUUACAAAUAGAAUCCAAAAUGGCAAAAAUUUUUCAAAAACAUCACGCCAAAUUGUUUGUGUUUGUGAAAAGUUAGUAUCGUUUUUUAUACGUCAUUAGUAUGUCACAUCGAUGACAACUUUCAACGGAUACGAGUAAUCUGCAGUUGUUUCAGUCUUAGUUGUUAUGUUUAAUGGGAUAGUUUGUAUGGGCAGAGAACUGAACAUUUAAAAACACGUAUAUUAUGUUUACAUUGACAUUCUAAAAACAUUGCUAUAUUGAUAGACAUAUUAAAAUGGGGUACAAUUUAUGGAAUUAUAUAUAAGCAUACCUGCAUAAAAAUGAGUCAAAUAAAGGUUGUUGUGUGGAAAAAUCUUAUAAUUAGGAAGAGACACUGGUUUUUAACAAUAAUAGAAGCAUUGCUACCAGUAUGUUUGUUUUUGCUCAUAGCAUAUGGCAGAAGUCAAAUUUCAGGAUUAAAUAAAGUUGAAUUCACUGAUCCAACAUUUAAUUACAAAGAAGGAAUAAAUUAUGGUAUUAAUGUUGGAAAUACCUACAUCCUGUAUACACCUGGUGGUGACUACUACACAGAUUUAAUAAGUAAAAUGCAUGCUAAGUUGUCCCUACCUAGUGACCAAGUACAAAGGUUUGGUACUGAAAAAGAAUUACUGGAAUAUUAUUACAAAAAUUCGAAUUACACAAUUAUAGCAAUUAUAUUUGAUGACAAAGAUAAGAAGAAACUGAAGUAUAAAUUAAGAUAUCACGAAUCUGGGUCGUUUAACAAAAAAUUUUUGUCCACAGGAGACAAAUAUCAGAAUGCUUAUUCUUUCCAACCUGGUAUCGGUGGAGCUUACAAAAGUAGCGACUUUCUUGCAGUUCAGAUGGCCUUGGAUAUGGCAUUUCUUGAAUAUAAUUCAAAACAAACAGAUUUAGAGGAAAAAUAUUCUAUAGUCGUUGAAGAAUUUCCAUAUCCGCCUUACAAAUUAGAUUCUGCUAUAACAAAAUUGUUCUUAGAAUUCCUACCAUUAAUAACUUUAUUCAGUUUCAUAUUUUUAUGUCCGGCAGUCCUUAAGAGAGUUGUAGAAGAAAAACAUUCCGGAAUAAAGGAAUUGAUGAAAAUGGUGGGAAUGAAAUCAUGGAUGCUUUGGUUGGGUUGGUUUAUAUAUGGAAUGAUCCCAAUAUUUUUCUCCAUAUCUAUUAUAAUUAUCUUAAUGAAAGUUCCGAUGUUUGGAAGUACUUAUCCAUUGAUUGAAUACUCAAGUGGUGGAAUACUAUUUUGCUUUUUAAUUUUAUACUGCAUGGCCGCUAUAGCUUUCUGUUUCGCUAUAAGUUCCUUUUUUAGUCGUCCGACCAUAGCACUGGUGACAGGUAUUCUGGUGUGGAUUUUAUCAUUUUUCGUCCCAAAAUAUGCAUUAGGAUUAGAUGAGUCCAAUCAGUUAUCAUGGUCGACAAAUAUAAUCCUGAAUUUAUUACCUAAUAUGGCUUUACAUUAUGGAUACGCAGUAAUAUCUGUAUUUGAAGAGAGAGAAAUUGGUGUACAAUGGUCAAACUUCAGUGAUUCGACUAGUGGUUCAGCGGAAGAUAUUACUUUGUUGAAUAUAUAUCUGAUGCUAAUAUUUGAUACAUUGAUUUACACAAUCUUCACUUUCUACAUGGACGGUGUCAAUCCAGGAAAGUACGGAGUGAAAAAAAAGAUAUUUUUCCCUAUAAUCGAAUUAUUUAAGAUGUGUAGAAAACCAACUGAUACAGUUAAAGUCGACACCGAGACGCAGAGAUUAGAAAAAAUAGAAGAUGGAAUCGGAUUGCGCAAAGGAAUUGAGAUUAGUAAUCUACAUAAAAGAUUUGGUCAUAAAGUAGCUGUCAAUAAUUUAAAUUUGGAUAUAUAUGCAGGACAAAUUACUGUAUUGCUUGGACAUAAUGGAGCAGGAAAAUCUACUACAAUGUCAGUUAUAACUGGUAUGCUACAAGCCACAUCCGGUUCUGUUAAAAUAAAUGGUUUGGAUACCAAAAGGGAUAUGGAUGAAAUUCGUAAAAGUCUUGGUCUUUGCCCUCAGCAUAAUCUAUUUUUCACUGACUUAACAGUCAAAGAACAUCUUUUAUUUUUCGCCAAGUUAAAAGGAAUGUCGUCGGACGACGCAUCUGUUGAAGCAGACAAUCUGUUAAAAAUUUUAAACAUGACUAAGAAAACGAACUCUAUGGCACAUUCUCUUUCAGGAGGAAUGCAAAGAAAAUUGGGUUUGGGAAUGGCAGUGAUAGGAGGUUCUAAGGUUUUAAUAUUGGAUGAACCAUCGUCUGGAAUGGAUCCUGAAUCAAGAAGACAUCUGUGGGAUUUGUUGUUGGAGUGGAGAGGCGACAGGACGAUUUUAAUUACUACUCAUUUUAUGGAAGAAGCCGAUGCUUUAGCAGAUUGGAUAGCCAUUAUGUCUAAUGGGACCCUAAAUUGUUACGGAACACCCAUGUACCUUAAAAAGAAAUAUGAUAUCGGAUAUCAUUUAUCUCUAAUGGUUGAAUCGACAGCUAACAUUUCGGAUAUUAAAUCUGAAGUUACCAAAUAUAUCCAUGAUGCACAAUUGAAAUUUGUUGAUGGAAAUAAUCUCACAUUUGUUUUACCAUCUGAAAGUAAUCCAAAAAUGAAAGAUGUACUGACGAAUUUGGAAACGAAAAAAUCCGAAUUAAAGCUAACAAAUAUUUCUGUAACAGUAACUUCAUUAGAAGAUGUUUUCCUUAAAACUCACCUCGAAAGUAACGGACAUCAUAACGAUAACUGCAAUAAUAGUUUGUCAGUGGAUCCUAAAGUUUUGGAUAUACAAGGACUUCUAUCGUAUGAUUCUAUAGGGAAGAGAGAACCGCAACUUAAUUUGAAAUUGGCAACCCUUUUACAUAAGAGAUGGCAAUUCUUUUGCAGUAAAAAAUUCACUUAUGCUGUUCCUGCGUUAAUAACAUUGGUAUUUUUCAUUUUAACCGGAGUUUUAAGUGGAGGUAACGAUUACUGCAAUAAAACUGGACCAGAAUUGAAUCUUAAACUGGGUAGUUACAAACAGACAUCUGUAUUUUACAAUGGUACAACCAACAAUAAUGAUGUGACUAAAAUGAUGAGAAUUUACAGAAACAUAGUGGAGGAUCAGAAAAGUUUACCGUUCAAUGUUAUAGAUACAGAACAUUCGAUACUAAAGAAGAGCAUUGAGAAUAUAGCUUACUAUAGAGAACACAUGAUAGCAGGUGCUACUUUCAAUGCUGAUAAGACAUUCGAAUUAGUUGCCUUAUACAAUGCUAUACCUAUACACAGCAUGCCAAUAUCGCUAAAUUUAUUAACCAACACCUUGGCUCAAUUUUUACUAGGCCCUGAUUAUUCAAUUUCUCUUAGUAACUGGCCGUUACCGCACGUAAAUCAAAUUAAAUCUUCGCAAGAACUCUCACAUACCAAAAUUGGUAUUUUAUGGUUAAUUUUAAUUCCAAUUGGAUGUCUUUUUAUUCACGGCAGUUUUAUUAUUUUCCCACAUACUGAAAUCUCAACCAAAUUUGUCAAAAUACAAUAUAUGUGUGGUGUAAAACCGAUUUGUUAUUGGCUCGUUAACUUCUUGGCUGAUAUGGUAUUGUAUAUGGGAUUGAUGCUAACGCUCGGUUUUAUAUUGUGGAUCAUUUCACCCGUCCGGGUACAUUUUGGUUAUCUAACAUUGAUUUUCCUAUUAUAUGGUUUAGCUGGUAUACCUUUCACGUAUCUAUUCAGCAGAAAAACUUCAGCUUCUGGCGCUUUCGCUUUACUCAUAAUUAUGGGAAUGUUCUUGGGAAUCAUUUUUACCAUCACAAUAGAAAUUUUGUUACAUUCUCAAGAUGAGUACUAUAUGAAUAUUGGAAAUCACAUUAAAUAUGUCAGUUUACUGUUGAUACCACAAGUCGGUUUGUGCGAUGCACUUUUAAAUUUGGCGAAGAGAGCUGUAAUGAUACACAAUAUUAAUAUGUCACCUGCCAAAAUGAAUAUGGUUUGCAUCGGACAAUCUCAUGUGUGCUGUAAUGAAAAUUCCAAAGAAUGUAUUGGUUUCAGAAAUUACUCCAACCUAUUCGAUGAUUAUUUCAUUAUGAUCGCAUGUUGCUUUAUAUACCUUACAAUCAACAUCGUUUUGGAUGCUUAUUGGUUUAUGAAAGUGAAAUCCGUAAUAAUCAAACAUUAUCAUCGAUUCAGAUCAUUUAGAAAAUUUGACUAUGAGAAUCUCCAAUAUGACAAAACUGAAAUGACAAAUAAAAAUAUUGAUGACGGUUUGAACACUCUGAAGGCGGAAAAAUUAUCAAAACUCUACGAAGGCAAACAGAUUGUCAAAAAUCUCAAUCUAACUUUGAAACGUGGUGAAUGUUUGGGUAUAUUAGGUGUAAAUGGUGCGGGGAAAACUACAACAUUCCGUAUGCUUACCAGAGACGAAAUGGUUGAUGGAGGAUCAGUACUUAUGGAAUUAGAAAAUAAAAAAAUAACUAUCGAUAUGGACGAGUACAUGCAAACUUUGGGUUACUGUCCGCAGUCAGAUUCUCUAAAUUAUGUCUUAACUGGUAGACAAAUCUUGACUACGAUAGGAGCAUUAAGAGGCAUUAGCGACAAAAAUGAAAUAACAAAAUAUUUGGAACUAUUUGAUUUGUUAGAAUAUGCGGAUGUGCCUUGUGGAUACUACAGCGGUGGCAACAAAAGGAAGCUAAGUUUGGCAAUUUCAUUGAUAGGCUUUCGCGAAUUUGUCCUACUCGACGAACCUACUAAUGGAAUUGAUCCCUCUAGCCGAAGAAAAUGUUGGAGUCUUAUAAAGACUCUGCAAAAAGAAAAAGGUUUCAUAUUAACAUCUCAUAGUAUGAACGAAUGUGAGGCGUUAUGUAAUGAAUUGAAAAUAAUGAAAGACGGUAAGUUUGUCGAGCAAGGAUCUUUAGCUGAUCUUAAAAAUAAAUUUGGGGGAUUUACUUUAAAACUGAAGAUAUCAAAUAAAAAAACGCCUUCGGAAAUUUCGGAUGAUGUUGAUGAAGUCGAUGGGGUAGACGUAGUUGAUGAUAGAAAUGAAGUACCGAAAUUUUCUACUGUCGAAGAUAUUAAAAAAUACUUCACUAAAAAUGAUAGAGCCGAAUUGAAAGAUGAACACUCUGGUUUACUACAUUUUCACAUUAAAGAUAAAAAUAAAAGGUGGAGUGAUAUAUUCAAAGAAGUGGAAAAUAUCAAAUCGAUUAAUUCUCACCUAAUUGAAGAUUAUGCUAUAAGCGAAGCUUCUUUAGAAGAUGUAUUUUUGAAAGUGGCAAGAAGCGGAACGGAAGAGGGUACGAUUAAACGAGUACACGAAAAUAAAAAAAAAUUAAUGCGACCAAGAAAUGAAGAUGUGAAGCGGAAAUAAAACUAGGCGAGCAAAAAGGGUCACAAUUCAGUCUUUUGUAUGUCCCGUUAUAAACAAAGACUAAAUGUACACUAAAUACUAAAAUGUAUCAAAAACAUACAACAAAAUAUUUGCAUUAGGUGACUUUUAUAUAUUUGUCAUGUUUUUCUACGACUUUUUGAAGUUCAUCUAUUACUUUUAAUAAUUUUAGUAAGAUUCACCAAUAAAAAUUUAGUAUGUUGAUUAGUGUAAGAUAAAUUAAAUUGAAACAUCUAAGACCUAGAAGUAAGUGAUCAGAAUAAUUGUUAAGUGUCACAUGGAAUCGAUUACAAACUAUUUGUGGCGGUUUAUGUAAUUAGAAUGACGACUUACUCCCAUAUUUUUACUUUACUAAUUCACUAUAUAUAAAUGAAGAAAUUUCUAACUAAUCAACAUUACUAGAUUUGUUAUAAAGUGAGGAGAAGCUGGUUGGAAUAAAUUUAUAAUUUUCGCUACUGUGCAUUAUUAUAAAACAUCUAGAACUUGUCAAAUUGAAUAAUAAAUUGAUAAAACUUUUGAAUGACAAGUACAACUCCCAAUUGUUCAAUAUGUGAAGUAUGAGCUAUCCCAUUCUCUAUUACAAAAUUUUGUUGAUUGUAGUUUAUAAGAAAUUACAAAAAUUUAUCAAAUAUAUCCUAACAACUUUCAAAACCUGAAAUGUGCUUCUUCUACUACUUUUUCAGAUGUUGGAGGAGAGUUCAAUUUCCUCUUGUUCUCCUUCCACAGUCUUUUGUCUCAAAAGGUGUUUUGUCUCUAGAUCUUAUAUUUGCUGUCUCUCUUUAUUUUUUUGUUUCCAACUUUCAUUAUUCAUUCAUCAUUUAUCUACAUUCUUUCUUACCAACAUCUAUUAUUUAUUUAUUUUUCCAAUUAUUAAUUCUUGUUUUGACAUUUCUUUAUCCUCCAUCUUGUCCCAUUUGUUUAUUCGUUUCAAAGUUCAUAAUUAAAUUCAAAAAAGAAACUAUGAAUGUUGAUGCAAUUGAUAAUAAAGUGGUACACAGAAUUUUCUAGCAACGUGUUAAUUGUAUUUGAGUGAGUUAUAAUUUUCAGUAAUCCCGUGAAUUUAUGGCUAUGUUAAUUUUUGGUAUAAACUUGAGGUAUUUGAAUGGGGAAUAGGGUAUAUCACAAAAUAAACUAAAUUGGGGUUUGUAUCUCUCGUCAUCAAUAAUACCAAUUUAGAAUUUGAAUUUGACAUGUUUAUGUCAAAUAAUAAUAAAUUCAUUUUUCACAUUCUACAGCUGAUAUCUAUUUUAUUUUUGGUGUCACAUACUACAAAAAUUGUUUACUUUUCUAUAUAUUCAAAUAAUAAGUGAAGUAUAACUAAAACUAUUUGCACUUUUGAAGUGAUAAUACAUAAUUGCUUAAAGCUUGAAUUAUUUUUUGAAAAGUGUUGCCAAUAAGGUGCCAAAAAGUGAAUUUUUAAUCUGUGUAAAAAUUUUUUUCUCUUCUUAGAGUUCACCACAACGUUGUAUGUUGUUGAUAUCAAAAAUAUUAUUAAAAUAAAAUGUCCUCAUAUACAAGAUUGUCCAGAAUUAAUAACAUUUAUCUUUACAGCCUCCAUUAAAAUAUAGGGAUAGUUUUUUUAUAACUGAAAAAUAACAAAAAUUUAACCCUUUGAAUGGGUUGAUUGAUUAUAUUAUUUUUUCUCAUUACGGAGUUCAUAUUUUGAAAGUGAAUAUUAGAUAUUAGGAUAACUGAUUUCAUGUUCCCAUCUAUCCCUUGCCAAUAAAGGGUGGCUUUGGACAAUUACACAACCUAUUGGCAGAUAUUUCAAGAACAAUUAGUCUUUUUAAAGGUUUUUAUCUUCUUUAUUUUUCAUUUUCUGAAGAAACUGUACAUGAAGAAGCAUCCUUAUUUUUGCACAUACCAUCAGCUAUAAAAAUUGCUUUACAUAAUUCUGGACCGCUUGUAUAUGUUUAAUAAGGCGUCAAAAUUUUUGCAACUAAUUUUUGAAAAUUGUUGGCUGUGAUUGUUCUAGUUGUCUUUGUUUUUUGAAAAUAGAAUAAAACCUAACGGA